AUGGCACGACGGGAUAGAUCCUACUCACCAGACGGCGCGAAUAAGAGGGUAAGGUCUUCAUAUCGCUCUUCACCCAGGUCCCCGUCGCCGACCAGGCGCCAAAGACCUAGAUACGACGACAGGGAUCGGGAUAGGGACAGGGAUAGGGACUACCGUGACCGCGACCGCGACCGCGACCGGUACCGGGACGAUAGAUACCGCGACGAGAGGCGGAGAGACACGUACAGGGACGACAGACGUGUUGACCGUAAAGAUGAACGCCGGCGCUCCCGCUCCCGCUCGCGUGAGCGGAGAGACAGGGAGCGCGAUAGAGAGAAGCCCGCGCCUGCUACUCCCGAGAAGUCCCAGGAGAAGGAAGAUAAAGCUCCUGAAGAUGGCAAGAAGAAGGAUCUGAAGGCCAAACUGGAAGCUUGGAAGAAGCAAAGGGAGGCAACGAAAGCCUUAGACGAGGCGAAGGCGAAAGCUAUGGCCUUGGCAGGGAAGUCGGCCCCUCCAGCUCCUGCGGCAGCUGCUCCCACAACAGCUGCAUCGUCAGGACAACUCAAUCGCGCUGCUCUUGGUGGCCUUGGCCUGAAGGGUCUUCCCGUGAAGCCUGAUCUUCUAAAGCAAACCAAGGCUUCGACUGCCGCGAAAAUGGACGACUCGGUCGAAACGAAGCGCACUCUUGAGAAGCUAGAAGACAUGCCAGCGAUCGAUAUGACCAUGGUCGAAGGUCAAAGCGGAGUCGGCGAUUUGGAAGGCGACGACGAUGACGAGGAGGCCAAUAGGAUGGAGCAAGAGCUGAAAGAGAAGGCCAAGGAGGAGGCCAAGAUGGAGGUAGACGAGGACGAUGUCGACCCUCUCGACGCCUUCAUGAGUAGUGUGAAAGAGGAAGUGAAGAAGGUGAACGAGGAGGACCUGAAGAAGAUGGGCGUCAGCGUCGGUAGUCUGCGUGCUCGUCUGGAUGACCAGAAUGGGGACGAAGGUCCAGAUGAUAUGGGCGAGCUUGCCGCGGACGAACUAGAUGUGACAGACCUCAACGCGGAAGAUAUCUUGGCUUUAGCGGCGAAGAAGGUCAAGAAGAAGGAGCUUGCCACUGUCGACCAUUCUCGUAUCCGUUACGAGCCUUUCCGCAAGGAAUUCUAUGUCCCGCCACCUGACAUCGCUGAAAUGACGGAUGAGGAGGCAGAUCUGUUGCGACUCGAGCUGGAUGGGAUCAAAAUACGUGGUGUGGACUGCCCGCGGCCUGUUACAAAAUGGAGCCACUUCGGCUUGCCUGCUAGCUGUCUGGAGGUUAUCAAAGAGAAGAACUACACUGCCCCUACACCCAUUCAAGCUCAAGCUGUUCCUGCAAUUAUGUCCGGUCGGGAUGUCAUUGGUGUGGCCAAGACGGGUUCUGGCAAGACUAUUGCUUUCCUAUUGCCAAUGUUCAGACAUAUCAAGGACCAGCGACCGCUCGAGCAGAUGGAAGGCCCUAUUGCCGUUAUCAUGACACCCACUCGCGAGCUCGCUGUACAGAUACACAGGGAAUGCAAGCCGUUCUUACGGGUUCUCAAUCUGCGCGCUGUUUGCGCUUACGGUGGUUCACCGAUCAAAGACCAGAUCGCGGACAUGAAGAAGGGCGCGGAGAUCAUAGUAUGCACACCAGGCCGGAUGAUCGACCUCUUAACAGCGAAUUCGGGUCGUGUGACUAAUCUUAAGCGAGUCACCUACCUGGUGCUGGACGAAGCCGACCGCAUGUUUGACAUGGGUUUCGAACCUCAAGUCAUGAAAAUCGUCAACAACAUUCGUCCUGACCGUCAGACCGUGUUAUUCUCCGCGACAUUCCCUAAACAAAUGGACUCGCUUGCUCGUAAGAUUUUGAAGAAGCCUCUUGAGAUCACCGUCGGUGGUCGCUCAGUGGUUGCUCCCGAAAUCGAACAAAUCGUCGAAGUCCGUCCUGAGGAGACCAAGUUCACUCGGCUUUUGGAAAUUCUGGGUCAGAUGUAUAACGAAGACCCUGAGGCCAGGACCCUGAUCUUUGUUGACCGGCAGGAAGCAGCGGACGAUCUAUUGCGAGAACUCUUACGCAAGGGGUAUCUGUGCAUGUCGCUGCACGGCGGCAAGGAUCAAGUCGACCGAGACCAGACCAUCGCUGACUUCAAGUCGGGUGUUGUGCCCAUUGUCAUCGCUACAUCUGUCGCAGCCAGAGGUUUGGACGUGAAGCAACUGAAGCUGGUCAUUAACUACGAUGCGCCCAACCACAUGGAGGACUAUGUGCAUCGUGCUGGCCGCACAGGACGGGCGGGUAACAAAGGGACAUGCGUGACCUUCAUAACUCCUGACCAGGAACGAUACUCUGUGGACAUAUACAGGGCGCUGCAAGCCAGUAAUGCUGCAGUGCCCAAAGACCUUGAAGAGAUGGCGAACGCUUUCCUCGACAAGGUUAAAGCUGGCAAAGCCCAUAUCGCCGGAUCUGGCUUCGGUGGCAAGGGUCUAGACCGACUGGACAAGGAGCGUGAUGCCAAAGAGAAAGCAGAACGUAAGGCCUACGGUGAGGGUGGGGAGGAAGAAAAGGCAGCCACUACCGAGGAAACCGCAACCAAGCCGGGUGACGAUAUGAACUUCGGCAACUUCAAGGUUGAGGUCAAACGAGGCCCUGCGCCAGAUUCUUCUAAAGGCCUGCUUGGCGUGGCAGGUGCCGCUGCUGCUGCCAAGCGGCUCGCGCAGCAGAAGGAGCAAGAGAAACUGCAGAACUCUCUGCGUGCGGCUGAAGAAGCCGUGGCUAGAGCUGGCAAGGACACGCCCGCACACAAACAGGCCAUGAGCGUCGUUGCCAAACUGAACGCGCAGCUCAGAGCGCACAAGCUGGUUAUGCAGUCACAAAUUCCCUUUGACGAUUCGGCCAGCCGGAAGGCAGAUGCUACUGAGUUCCACGCCAUCAUACCCAUUAACGAUUAUCCCCAGAAGGCUAGGUGGAAGGUCACGAAUAAGGAGACUAUGGUUCAGUUAAUCGAUAUGACCGGAGCAUCUGUAACUAAUAAGGGUAUCUUCUACGAAGCUGGGAAGGAGCCACCGCCAGAGGGCCCGCCGAAGCUACAUCUGCUCAUCGAGUCAAAUGAGGAGUGGAGGGUCGAGCAAGCAGUGCGCGAAAUCAAACGUCUGCUUCUGGAGGCUUCCGCGGCAGCAAUACAAGCCGAGAUGCGGAAUCCCACUGGCACCAUAGGGCGUUACAGUGUUAUCUGAAGGGGGAUUCAUCGGUUUCCGCUGUCCUCACAGGACCUGCC